GAGCGGGGCUCUUCUCCGCCAACUCUGUCCUCGGGGGGGUUGGGACCCCAGCCGAGAUCACAGAGCGGCAGGAGCGGGGGUGGGCGCUGGAGGUGAGUCUGGAGGGGGCGGUGCUCCCCGGACUGUGUUGGGGCCGGGAUCGGGGUACCGGGCCAGUGCCUGCGCGGACAGAGUGCGGGGGGCGGGGGCGGCAUUUGAGUUGCAGAGCUGAAUGGGGUGGACUUUGGGGAAUGUAGAGCGGGAGGGAAGGGAAGGGUCCCGGAGCCUGGAGCGGCGCCCGCAGCCCGGAACCACGCCCCCCGUUUCCCCGCCCCCCGGAUUUCGUUUGGACGCUCCCAGUCCUCCGGGACGCGGUCUGGUUCCGGCUGGGUCGCGCUGGGAGCGGAGUGCCCCGCUGGGUGGAGACGAUAUUUAACUCCUCCUCGCCCCUCUCGCCCUUUCUCAUUUGGCCCCUAGACUUCCAUGCCCCAGGCCCUCUCUCCCCAGCUGCCUCCUGCCCCACAACCCUAGUGGGUUCCUCGCCGCACUUCGGGUCUGCACGGCGCGCAGCAGCGGAGGGUUAAGGGGGCGGGCCGCUGCAUUUUUGGGGAGUGAGCGCAUCCUAGCGGCUGCCAGAGGGGCCCUAGGAACCUCACGAAGCCCCGGAGCAGGGGCAACAGGUGUUUUGGAGAUUGCGGGAUCCUGCUCUUGGUCCUCGGACUCCCCCUAAAGAAGCAGAUCGCCACGGUGCGGGCGUUGGGUGGGCAGCCGAGGAAGACAGCUGAAGUCAAAAGAGGAAACUGAGAAGUCAGCGCUGCCGGAGGGGGCGACUGUGUGGAUGGGAUGGGGACGCCGGGGGAGGGGCUGGGCCGCUGCUCCCACGCCCUGAUCCGCGGGGUCCCGGAGAGCCUGGCGUCCGGGGAGGGUGCGGGGGCUGGCCUCCCUGCCCUGGACCUGGCUAAAGCACAGAGGGAGCACGGGGUGCUGGGGGGUAAGUUGAGGCACCUGGGGCUGGGACCGCUGCUCGGCGACACCGCCGUGAUCCAGGGGGACACGGCCCUGAUCACGCGGCCCUGGAGUCCUGCCCGCAGGCCAGAGGUGGAUGGAGUCCGCAAAGCCCUCCAGGACCUGGGGCUCCGGAUUGUGGAGAUGGCGGACGAGAGCGCGACGCUGGAUGGCACUGAUGUCCUCUUCACGGGCCGGGAGUUUUUCGUGGGCCUCUCCAAGUGGACCAACCACCGAGGAGCCGAGAUCGUGGCCGACACGUUCCGGGUGAGCAGCCCUGGGCCAGCCUCGGGGAGGGGUGCGGGGCGCCGAGGAGGGAGAGGUCGAGAGCAGCUGGCGGUGGAGGGAAGGCUGAGGGGAUCACCUCCCCCCCGCCCGGGGGGCCCUGAGUACUCCCCAGCACUCAGCCUGGGAGGGCAGCCAGGCCCCGGUGCAGAGGCUCUGGGACUUGAAUGCUGCCUCUUUCCUCUACACCAGGCCAUGGCGGUGCUGACGGACCACCCCUACGCCUCCCUGACCCUCCCAGAUGAUGCAGCCGCUGACUGUCUCUUUCUGCGUCCUGGGUUGCCUGGUGUGCCCCCUUUCCUCCUGCACCGUGGAGGGGGGGACCUGCCCAACAGCCAGGAGGCACUGCAGAAGCUCUCUGAUGUCACCCUGGUCCCUGUGUCCUGCUCUGAACUGGAGAAGGCAGGUGCUGGGCUCAGCUCCCUCUGCCUGGUACUCAGCACGCGCCCCCACGGUUGAGGGCCUGGCCUUGGGGUCUUGGCUGGUCAGGGAUAGGGCAGUAUAGGGAGUAGAAGGGGAAGGAGGAUUAGACAAAGGAUGGUGAAUAGUGGGAACGGGGUCCCAAGGUAGGGUGAGGGCAUAGUGUGGGAAAAAGGAGAGAUCAUUGGGUGAGUCUUCUCUCCUAGAACUAAUAAAAUAGAACUGACCUUUCCGA